ACCAGGGUGGAAACAGCAAAUGGAUGGCCACCCUUGUUCAGAGUGCUGCCUUCCCUAUCCUUUAUAUCCCACUCUUUCUUCUUCCUUCCUCUGAGGGACCUUCAACUUCUGCCUCAUCUUCUAUUAGAAUUAUUGCUUUGAUCUACUUCUUUCUUGGAGUAUUUAUAGCUGCUGAUAACAUGUUGUACUCAAUUGGGCUCUUGUAUCUCUCCGCGUCUACAUACUCUCUCAUUUGUGCCACUCAAUUAGCUUUCAAUUCAGUAUCUCUAUUCAUAAAUUCUCAGAAGUUCACUGCUUUGAUUAACUCUGUCAUCAUCCUUUCACUAUCUGCUUCUCUAAUUGCCGUUAAUGAUGGCUCAGAAGGUCCAUCAGGAAUAUCCAAGUGGAAAUACACAAUCGGGUUUCUUUGUACUCUUGGAGCUUCAGCACUGUAUGCACUGCUACUUUCCCUUAUGCAGCUCACGUUCCAAAAGGUCCUGAAAAAGGAAACCUUUUCUGUGGUUUUAGAAAUGCAAAUUUAUACGUCACUUGUUGCUACCAUCGUUUCCAUCAUUGGUCUCUUUGCGAGUGGGGAAUGGAAAAGUUUGCAUGGGGAGAUGGAGACCUUUGGAAAGGGAAGAUUAUCUUACGUAAUGACUUUAGUUGGGACAGCGGUCACAUGGCAAGUUUGUUCAGUUGGUGUUGUGGGAUUGAUCUUUGUGGUUUCUUCUCUCUUUUCUAAUGUAAUCAGUACUCUCUCUUUGGCUGUUACUCCUAUUGCAGCCUUGAUAGUUUUCCAUGACAAGAUGAAUGGCGUGAAGAUAGUAGCCAUGCUUAUGGCUAUUUGGGGUUUUGCUUCUUAUCUAUAUCAAAAUUAUCUUGAUGAUUCUAAGGCGAGAAAAACACAAAUUAGCAUUCCUGAAACAGCAAGUGAGGAGCUGAUGAUUAAUUUCAGGAGAGACAGAAGAUUGUGGAUUUCUGAGAAUGAACUAGUAGAUGAGGCCUUGUACUCUGCCUUUCCAACUCCAUAAGGUGAAUUUUCUUUUGGUUUUUCAUUGAAUCCAAUAAAAGAAAAAGGCACAGGGAUUGAACUCUCAUAAAAAAAAGUGCAGGUACAUAAUUACCAUGGGACUAUAUGGCCUACAUCUUGUUAUUCUAGCUCUUAUUUUAUUAUAUCUUGAGAUUAAGUUCAAUAUAUACUAUUGUAUAGGGAUUUAUUUUUGACUUUAUUUUAAUCUUUUUCUUUUUGUAAUUCGAUUUUUGAUAUCUACGGUUACGGAGGAA